AUGGACCUCGAGUUAGACUCUUACCUCCUGAAUUAUCCCAAUGGAGACAAGAUGACUCUGAUUGAGUAUGCCACAUCCAAGAACGCAUCUAACUUCGUUUGUGGACUCGGCUCGAUUUGCAAUGCAGGCCAGAUGUGCUAUCCUGUUCCCGAUAACGACUGGUACAUCCUGUUUGCGCUUCAACAAUGGAACUCUAUGAACAAUAUUCUCUACAUGUCGAUUGGCUACGCCAUUUCCAUAGUCCAAGCUGCGGAUCUUAGUGGAGCAAUCCAUGCGAAGCAGUCUUUGGGCGUCUCAGCUGGUAUGAUGGAAGUUUCUGGCACAUUGGCGAUGGAUAUCAUGAUAAUGCUUGGAAGCGAGACCGGACCGAUCGGUUGGGCCUUGAACGUGUUGAACUUUGGGCUAACCGGUGGCUUUGGGUUUUGGGCAUACUUUCAGAAGGUACCAAAGGGACCCAUCAUCGAAGGAUUCGGAAUUUGGACAGACGUCGUCUUCCACUUGGCUACUGUCGAGCAAGAGGCCCACAAGCGACUCUCAGAGGGCAUUAAAAAAGCCAUCAAUGCACCGAUCAGCUCUCCAGACGGCAUCUACGGUGUUCUGAAGGGUGGCACCUAUCUGAGCCCAGCGAAAGUGCUGCCCAUCCCCGAAAUUGCGGAUAAAUUCCGUAAUGUGACGAUGGCAAUGGCCAUGAACUUGGUGCUUCGCGGCAUGAAUUGUUACAUAACAAUUGGCGCCGAUAAAUGUACUGAUAAAGGAAAAGACGGUGCAUGGCCUCAAGCUGACAGAUUAUCGUAUUGUCCAAAUCGUGGGGGACCGAUGCACAACAUCGUCCGCGCGGUUGACAAGCUAUCGGUGAAUGGGAUUCCGAACGCCAAGGUCAUUGACGAGAUAUUCGGCUUCAGUACCAAAAUGAUCAUCGACGUUUCCUUGGACUGCCAGAAAAAACACAAAGACUGGAAUUAUAAUCCGUAUACCAAUGGCAAAUUCCCUAAAUCUCAACAAGAUGAAUGUGUUUUCAACGUGCCUGUCUGCGAUUGUCGAGAUGAAGACCUCCGACUCAUCUCCGGUUCUUGA